AUGGCACCUAGACUACCUCCUCCACCACAACCGAAUGAGCCUGACACGUCCAACAACGCUAGGUUGUUGGAGACGGUAAUUGAUAUACUACAGCAACAAAAUACAACGUUAAUGGAGCAGAACACCUCUUUGAUGCGUCAAAACCAGGAAGCCAUGCAGGGUUUGGAGGCCUCACGUACCAACGCUGAAACCACACAGAGGCAACUGUUGGAGAUUCUUGAUGCCACAAGAGGUGUGCCUGGAGCAUCCUCUUCCAACGCUGCCCAACCUGCUGCUGAGUGGAGUUUGGAGAGCUUCCUUCAGCAUCACCCUGCCAAGUUUAGUGGGAAAUGUCUUCCGGACGAAGCCGAUCAGUGGCUGAGGGAUAUGGAGAGAAUAUUCAAUGCCAAAAGAUGCCCGGAUGAGAACAGGCUAGCUUUCACCGAAUACCUUCUUACUGGGGAAGCAAGCCACUGGUGGGCAAGCAUGAGGGCCAUCUUAACGGACGCUCAAAAUCCAAUUACUUGGGAAGUAUUCAGGAGCAAGUUUUAUGAAGAAUACUUCCCUGACAGCGUUCGUUUCGCCAAGGAGGUAGAGUUUCUGCAGCUCGUUCAAGGUGGGAUGUCUGUUUCAGAGUACACCAACAAAUUUAAACACCUUGUCAGAUUUAAUACAAUGGCUACCAGUGAAGAGUGGCAAUGUCGGAAGUUUGAGAACGGUCUAAGGAGUGAUUUGAAUGUUCUGAUUUCAAGUUUGUGCAUACGAAUGUUUCCUGCCAUGGUUGAGAGUGCCAAGGUGUUGGAGAAGAACAUGGCAGAAGCUGAACGACACAAGAAACAACAAACAGUAAGGGGACCGAUUGUCUCAAGGGGAAAUGUCAAUCAGAGGGGAUCUCCUUACGGUCGUCCAAAUCAGUCAACAAACUCGAGUGGGUCUCAAGCCUUGGUCCCUGCCGGACAGUCUGGGCAGCAAGGUAACGUUACAUGUUUCAAGUGUGGAGGGCCGCAUUAUCGUUCGUUCUGCCCUCAACUAGUUGGACGAAAGCACUGCAACCGAUGUGGACGAAAUGGGCACUUGGAGAACGAGUGCAACAUGGGUGGACGAUGA